GCAUCCGAACUGCAGAACCUUGCUCCCUAGUAUUUCCCUCUACGCUACGGCCUGGUACUUCCACUCGGCGCCCGCAGUAUGGCACAGUCGACAGACAACAAGUUUGCCAUACACGAAGCCGCCCGAGAAGGCAAGACACAAGUGGUCGAGUCUCUCCUCAAUGCAAACCCCAAACUGGCGGCCCUCGGCGACCAAGACAACCGUCUUCCUCUACACUGGGCCAUUGCCUUCGCUCAUCUCGACAUUGUCAAACUCCUCACAGCCACGCGCUCCUUUGACCCGGACGCUGAAGAUGGAUCGGGCUGGACACCUCUUGCCAUCGCUGCCUCUCUUAAAGACAAUUCCGGGCUGCCCAUCAUCGAGCUCCUUCUCUCCAAAGACGCCGACCCCAAGAUUGCCACGAACACAGGCGUUACGCCGUUACAUCUGGCCGUGUCAAAGAAUAACCUGGACGUGUGCAAAACCCUUUUGAAACAUGGGGCGAGUGCAAGGGUCAAGGAUAAGCGAGGCCAAUUACCCCUCCACCGCGCCGCCGCCGUGGGAUCCGUCCCUGUCGUGAAACUGCUGCUCGAGAACAAGUCUCCCAUCAACGCCACGGACAUGGACGGACACACGCCUCUACAUCAUGCGAUAAGCGAAGGACAUGGAGACGUGGCUGUCGAGCUAUUAAAAGCUGGGGCGGAGACGGAUAAAAAGGAUCAUGAGGGCAGAUUGGCGAUUGACUGUGCGCCGGAUGGCAAGGUCAGGUCGCAUAUCUUGAAAGCGGCAGAGAGGGAAGGGAUUGAAUUUGCCUGAACCACACCAGCCCCAGCAUGGAAGAAAAACAGAUCUCCACAACAAACGAUGCGGGAAAAGGAUGCAUUUGAGAUGGUCAAAUAAAAUUCUUUCAGAAUUGGCCUCAUUUCAUCGUAUCCGCCAACUGUCGAUACAUCUGCUUCACAUCAACAAUAUCGGCCUUCAGCUCUUCUACCUGCUCGCUCUUCUCCCCCAACAAUUCUAGCGUGGUCUGGUGUCUUGUACUGAGACUGGCAUGCUCCUUCUCGAGCGCCUCCAACCGUUCCUCGAUCUUCCGCUUCGCCUCGACCUCGCGCAUCAGGCUGACGACUUCCUGCCUUGCUUCGUCACGCUGGGCAGUGAGGCGGGCGAGCUCGUCUUUGGAAGCAGCUUUUUCACUUUCGAGGCGACGAACAUUGGCCGACAUUCGCUCGACCAAUUGCACAGAAGGGCCAGCACCAAUGGUGGAGGUGGAGACUAGAUCGUUCAAGCCUCCACGCUGGGAGUGGUGGCUUGUGGUCAUAGGCGUGGGUGGAACAUUGGCAAAAUACUCAUCUGGAUCCAUGGACGUCACCACAGACGGUGUUUCUGCAAUGGAGCCGUUUGCCAGACCACGGAAGGACGUGGUGGAGUGUUGACGAGGCGGGGUAUUCGAGUCGUAUGUGUUGGGCAUAAUAGAGGGCCGUCGACUGCUGCCCCGUUCAUACUGCGUUGGGCUCAUGAGAUGAUUGAUGUCGAAUCCCAGGCCCGAGUUUUUGCGGAUCGACGUCGCUGGAGAAUCUGUGCGUUGGAUAUGCAAAGCGGCAGUCCAUUUUGAUUUUUCCUCGUCGAUCCUCCGUUGCAGCUCCCUCUCCGAAUUCCCCUUCUGCUCC